AUGCCGAGUCAACUCGGAAAGCUAAAUCAAGUCAUUUACCUCAACUUCAUGGCCAAUAAACUUCAAGGUACAAUUCCAAAGUCUUUUGGAAGACUUGUAAGUCUUCAGAAUCUUGAUUUAUUUGUGAACCAGCUCACAGGCUCUGUUCCAGAAGAACUCAGUGAGUUAAGUGAGUUGGUGUUCUUAGUCUUGUUUGGAAACCAGCUUUUCGGGCCAUUGUCAAGGAAGCUCUGCCAGAACUCUUCAAAGUUGGAGCACUUGCUUCUUUGUGCCAACAACUUCACUGGAGAAAUUCCUUUGAGUUUAGUGUCAAGUCAAUCUCUGAAGCAGUUGGACUUGGCCAAUAACAACCUCAGUGGUUUGAUUCCAUCAGAGCUCGAUGAGCUUUUGAACUUCACUAAUCUCCUUCUCAACAACAACAGCUUCUCUAGCACCAUUCCCAGGAGUCUAGGUAAUCUCAACAGCCUUCAAACACUCACAUUGUACCACAAUGAGCUCAGAGGAAGAAUCCCUGAAGAAUUAGGCAUACUGUACAACUCACUCCAUGGAAACGGCGGAGAAGAAACGAAGGAAAUGAUGAAGGAGAAGAGAGGAGGCUGA